ACAUUACUAUAAAAUUAAGUUGGCAGCACUACACUACAUUUGUAAAUAUCGCUCUCAAGAUGUCUCGGAGUUCGGGUAAACUAAAUAUCAUAGAUCAAAACACAUAUCAGGAUCUGAAACAUGAGCAUAAAGACUCAGCGCCAAGGAUUCUACGCAGUUCUAAAUAUAAGAAUAAGCACAAAAAAGAGCAACAAUGUAGCCUAUUCGAUUUUCUUAUUGUGCCCCGCAAGAAACAAAAACAUAUAAACCGAAAGAAACGCCCAAACCUGAUCAUAGCAAGAAACUCCUUAGCUUUUCAUCCCAAACGCAAGGGAAAAACGCGUUUAAAUCCAAAGCAUCGUGUUACUCGCCUAAAACGCAUUAUUCGAAGCUUUCGACAACUGAAACUGCGUUCUACACAGGACGAAAAUGUUGUGGAAACUGUGGAACAGACAUGUGGAUCGCAUUCCGAGCAGUUGCCAGCGAAAAUGGAGAUCAGAUCGACAGAUCCAGAAUUAGAUUGUGUAAGGCAGGAGCAGACUAUAAAUCACUUGUCGCCAGCGCAUCAAUUACAUUCCCGUCGAUUUAGAAGCUAUUGUGAUAACUGCACAACGAAAAGUCUGAAAGAGUUGACGACUCAGCUGUUAAGCGACUUGGAACGCUUUCAGAAACGUGCCUACUCCAACAACGAAAUCAAGGCACGGGCGCAUCCUCGUCUUGUGGUCGGCUUUCGAGAGGCUUUGUCGAGGCUGCGCAUUAAUAAAGUGAAGCUGCUGAUCCUGGCACCUGACUGUGAAGCCUGCUCCGGAGAAGGUGGCCUGGAUGACACAAUCGAGGAACUAAAGUCAGUCUGUCAGCAACAAGAGGUGCCUUAUUGCUUCUCCCUAAUGCGACGGGAGUUGGCCUAUGCACUGCGUAAGCGAGCGCAGAUCUCUUGUGUAGCUGUCUUGGACUUUGAUGGCGCCAAUGAAACCUACAAGCAACUGCUCCAUGAACUAAAUGAAGCAAGAGUUCUCUACAAAGAGUUGACUGCAUCGUGACAUAUUUAUUUCGUGUCAAAUACGGGCAUUUAAGAGUGUUUAGUGCAAAAGUGUGCCUUGAUAUUUCCAAAAAUUCAUAAUUAGAUUCAUUAAUUAAUUGGUGUCAUCUUUGUAGUGGUCACCAGAUCGUAAAGUGUGGAGCUAAUGUUGUCCAUUUCAGUGGCAGCGCCCACUAAUCCAGCCGUGUCAUUGAAACUAUUAAACGACUGUAUUGCAUCUUUAGCCUGUUGUGCCGCUAAAUUGAACUGUAUGAGAAUAAUCAGGUAGCUAGUGAUGCCUCCACUAACGCCAUACAACGUUUCCAUGUCCAGGGUGAAGAAGCCACAGGCAGAAAAGUCCACGGAAUGAUUGAGCAGUUUCAGCGAUAAAUGAUUCACAAUCUCGUAGAGCAAAUUGUCAUCAGCAACAACACCGCACUUGUGCAAACUAAUCCCAGUGCGCUUUGAAGCCAACGAGGUUUUCCAGCUCAGAUAAAUCAAAUAGAUGCAUUUUCCCGACGUGUACACCAGUACAAUGACCGUGAUGAAUGGAUUUUUGGCGGAGCGAAACAAGGAGGGUAUCGAUUGCGACUGAGUCGCGCAAUAUAGAAAAUACAGUUGGGCCGUAAAGAUUAGGAAACCAUCUCAUCGUGCACUUGGCAUAGAUUGUUUAGCUUCUCCUCCACCUUGGUCGCAUUGCUCAAUUCGCUCUCGUGCGCCACAUUUAUUAUUGGAUUGGAAUUAAUCUGGUGUGGUUUGCGCGGUGUUGGAAUUAUGGUUUCUCCAAAAGAGUUCAGCGAGUGGGCAACUAAUACAAAUAAUUUGAAUAAAUGGAUAAAUGAAAUUAUC